ACCCUGGACAGAGACAAGGUGUCAGGCAGACGGCGCUAUGCUGAUACUAUCAGAAGAGCACGGUGUGAUUGACGGAGCAACCUAAAUGACAGCUGUUCAGAUAAAUAAAGAAGGGCAGGCUGGUAAGAGUGUAGCCUUUUUCCCUGGAAUUCUUUGGACAAUACUUUUGGGUCCUCGUUGGAGUUGUAAAGGAUGGAAAAAAGCACAGCGCACAAAACGCAGACGUCCAAAAGGGCAGACGGUCACGCGGACGACAUCGCCAAGGUACCCGACGAGGAGCUGCUCCUGUGGGGCAAAGACGAGCUGGUGAGAUGGUUGCGGAAGACCGAGGCUGAGAGGAGAGGCGUCAUCGUGGAACACGGGAACCUGAUGCGGGAAGUGAACAGAAGGCUCCAGCAACACCUUAAUGAGAUACGGAGUUUGAAGGAUGUGAACCAGAAAUUGCAGGAAGAUAACCAAGAGCUUCGAGACUUGUGCUGCUUUCUGGACGAUGACCGUCAGAAAGGGAAACGAGUGACACGAGAGUGGCAGCGCCUGGGUCGCUACAGCAGCGGUCUGAUGAGAAAGGAAGUGGCCAUCUACCUGCAGAAGCUGAAGGAGUUGGAGCAGCGGCAGAAUGACGUGAUGCGAGAUAAUUUGGAGCUGAAGGAGGUGUGCCUCAUGCUGGAGGAGGAGAGGGCUGCUGCUGUCGGGCAAGAGGGGCCCGGUUGCAGGACGUCCAUUGACAGUCAGAGCAGCCUUUCACAGCUGGGGGGCGGGCUACCUGCAUCGGGUCUACUACGUGAUGUUGGUGAUGGAAGCAGCACUUCCAGCACAGGAAGCACAGACAACCCCGAUAACUUCCAGCAUAAACCCUCACCAUCGGGUCCCAGUGCUAGCCCCAGAUCCCUGGAACCCCCUGACAGACUGGGGGUCAUGUGCGAUUCCACAGGCAGGAGGCAUAGCUCCACUCCAGAUUACCACACAUUUCCCCAGCCAUGCCGCCCACGAGGGGGAUCCCUCACCAACCUGGACCCUCAAGACUUUGGAGGACGCAGCCCGGAAAAGCACAGGUCCCCCAAAAGGCAACCAUGCGACUCCCACCGCAAGGCCUGUAGCUCUGACCUACUUGCCCAGAAGCAGUUAUUAAUUUUAGGGCACGUAUUACCAGGGUGCGAAAAGGGCAUGGCCAAAUCCAGUCCAGAGUUGAGUCAAAGACACCGCUCAGAUAGCACUAUGGGGGCAAGCUGUGGGAGUCCUGAGGCAAAAAAAGCAAUACUUGGAACACCUGAGCAUCUAAGAAAAGGUAAAGUGAUCGUGGGCAGUCCAGAAUCUAUACGACACCAUCAUCACUAUAAAAUUAGUCCUGGGCUGGAAUACAGCAAGGGAGGGAAUAGCGGAGGCUCCCCGAAACGAGACAUGGUUCACAGGAGGGCUGCUGGAGAGGAGAUGUCCCCCCAACACCAGAGUCUGUACAACGUUCUGAUAUCUGCUGGCUGCUGCACCAACUCCUGCAGGAGUGUAAAGCUUUGGGACAGCUUUGAUGGCUCCUGACCAUAUCAGAUGCUGCUUGACAACACACUCCAGAGAGAGAGAAAGAUAAAGUUAUCAUGCACAUGUAUGGAUGGAAAGACAUGGAUCAAUGCACAACUGAAUGGUCACAAAGUUCCGAAUCAAUCGGUGGAGGUUGAAAGGAUUGUUGCCCUACUGGCUGCUGCUGUGCAUUUCUUUUCUGUUUCUUCACUUUGUUUUGUAUAUUGUGACAGAUCAACAUUUGAUUUUCCAAAUUAAAGAAACAGCAGUGAAAAUGCUCAUUGCAAAACAGUCCUACAUCUGUGUGAAGAAAAACAACAACAGAGAGCUGGCUAGGGGAGCUCAGUGCCGUACAAAUGAUAAAAUAAACUGCUUCCAGUGUGAAUACUGCUGAUACAGCCCGUAUUAAAGCAGAGUGUUACAAAGUCGGUAUAAUCCAUUGUUAGGGCUCACAAAGCUGACUCGUACUCUGCUGGCCUCGACUCAAUGCCCCGUUCAGAAUUGUUCCUGUGAUUGAAUGAUUAAAAGAGGUUUCGGCAACACAGAUUUAAGUAUUAUAGAUGCAUGAAUGGGAAGAGAUAUCAGUUUGAGGCGGUUUUACAAACUUAAAGGAGUCACUGGCGCCAAGCUGGACAAACAUGACCUUAUUUAAUGCUCGUUGGAGAAAUCCAAAAUAGAACAGUCUUGAAUUUAAAUAUAUUUUCUAUAUGAUGGAUUUAGAUUAAUUCCAAGAUUCUGCUUGGCUUGAUAUAUAUAGGACAGAUAUGCCGCCUAACAUCCAAAGUCAGAUGGAAGUCAAGUGAGGAUAAACGAGAGAGAAAUUGUUUGGCUCUACACAAAAGAGUUCAACUUUAUUCAUAGCACGCCAGUUAUCACCACUAAAAAUUAUUUGAAACUGCUGUAAAUAACAUGUUCAAAAAUGAUGCACCGUGCAUGUCAUGGAUCCACAAGAAAAUCAAAAGAGUUCUUUGUUGGAUCCUUCCUCACUCCUUAAUAACAUUUAGCAUAUCCCAAAAUGAUCAAUCCAUCAAAUCUGUGAUCAUUUUUCUUUACGCAGUAUUUCAAAAUGCUUGUUUUGCGUAAAGCGGCACAACUUAAAUUUGGAUGUAAAUUGAAUCCUUUAUUGGCUGCAGAAAUUAGAUGAAUAGAUUGUUUGCAAUUAACUAUUCUUGAUCAUUUGGGGAUGAACAUCAAUAUUUUACUAAAAUAUGAUCUGCUGUAAUGUACCAUAAAAGAAAUACAUACGAAAUAUAUCUUCAUUUUUAACCACAAAGUGGUAGCACAAAAGUGUACAUCCAGAAACAUCUUUUUAGUUUAUGCAGAACAUGCAUUCAUAAGUGUUUAGAAAUACCUUUCUGAUAAAAAAAAAAAUCUUACAAAAACAAACAUUGGUGGAAAA